GCGGCGGAGCGGGUCCCGGCGGGGCGGGGCGGCGAUGGAGCGGGCCGUGGUGCGGUGCGUGCCGUCGGAGGCGAAGCUGAGCCUGUCGUUCUCGCUGGCGGACGGGCGGCAGAAGCACAUGCAGCGGAGCCAGAGCGAGCCGCUGGGCCGGGCGCUGGGCCGCAUCGCCAUCGACGCCCUCAAGGGCCACGCCAAGGCGGCGGCCGCCAAGAAGAGCAAGAAGGCGCGACCUGACGGCGGCGGGAGCGGCCUUAGCGGGGGCCUGGGGCCCGGGCUCGGGGCGGAGGAGGGACCGGAGGCGGAGGCGGCCUCGGCCGGGGGCCCGCUGGUGCGGCUCUACUACCGGGAGGAGGCGGUGGGCGAGGACGUACUCAAUGCGGACGCCUGGCAGGACGGGGCGGUCCUGCAGAUCGGGGACGUGAAGUACAAGGUGGAGCGCAACCCGCCCGCCUUCACCGACCUGCAGCUGCCACGCUACAUGAUGGCCGGCUUCCCCGUCUGCCCCAAGCUGGGGCUGGAGUUCGCCGAGCCCCACGCCUCGCUCUUCCGCUGGUUCAAGGAGGCCGGGCCGGGGGCCGCGGGCGGGGGCGGGGGCGACGGCGGGAGCGGGGCCGCCGCCUCCACGGAGCCCUCCUCCUCCUCCUCUUCGUCCACCAUCUCGUCGGCGUCGGCGGCCGGGCCGGGCUGGGUGGAGACCGGGGUGUCCGAACUCGUCUACACGCCGUCCAACGCGGACGUGGGGCUACGGCUGAAGUUGCGCUGCACCCCGGGCAACGGGCAGCGCUACGGGCCCAGCCGGGAGCUGGAGAGCCACAGCCCGGUGGAGGCCGGGCCCGGCACCUGCACCUUCGACCAGAGGCACCUGUACACCAAGAAGGUGGCCAGCGACGCCCUCAUCCGCACCGUCUCCUACAACAUCCUGGCCGACGCCUACGCCCAGACCGAGCUGUCCCGCACCGUCCUCUACCCGUACUGUGCCCCUUACGCCCUGGAGCUCGACUACCGCCAGAACCUCAUCCAGAAGGAGCUCACCGGCUACAGCGCCGACCUCAUCUGCCUGCAGGAGGUGGACCGGCCCGUCUUCUCCGACAGCCUGGCGCCCGCCCUGGAGGCCUUUGGCCUGGAGGGCCUCUUCAAGAUCAAGGAGAAGCAGCACGAAGGCCUGGCCACCUUCUACCGCAGGGCCAAGUUCAGCCUCCUCAGCCGGCACGACAUCGCCCUCAACCAGGCCUUGCUCUCCGACCCCCUGCACAGGGAGCUGCUGGAGAAGCUCUCCCCAUACCCGCUGGUGCGGGAGAAGGUGCUCCAGAGGUCCUCCGUCCUGCAGGUCUCCAUUUUGCAGUCUACGAAGGACUCUUCGAAAAAGAUCUGCGUUGCCAAUACCCACCUGUACUGGCACCCGAAAGGUGGGAACAUCCGUCUCAUUCAGGUGGCCGUAGCUCUGUCUCACAUUAAGUAUGUGACCUCUGAUCUGUACCCGGGCGUGCCCGUCGUAUUCUGUGGGGAUUUUAAUAGUACUCCGUCGACGGGCACCUAUAGUUUCGUCAACAGCGGCGGCAUCGCGGAGGACCACGAAGACUGGGCUUCGAAUGGCGAAGAAGAGCGGUGCAACAUGGCCCUGACCCACCCCUUCAAACUGAAGAGCGCGUGCGGCGAGCCCGCCUACACCAACUACGUCGGCGGGUUUCACGGGUGCCUGGAUUACGUCUUCAUCGACUCGGAUGCCUUGGAGGUGGAGCAGGUGAUUCCCCUGCCGACUCACGAAGAGGUCACUACCCAUCAGGCCUUGCCCAGCGUUUCGCAUCCCUCUGACCACAUAGCCUUGAUAUGCGAUUUGAAGUGGAAAUAGACUCCCUUUUGUCCGGCACCGGUUGGGAAGCUUGGAAUGAGGGGGCCGCUUUUUACCUUAGCGCAGCUGUAAAGUGAGUCUUGAGAUUUAUACUUCGGUGUAAACCUUGAGUGGAGGGGAACCUGUACUGAAUGGGGGGGGGGGGGGGGGUGAAAAAAACAAUUCACACCGUUAUCUGGUCUGUGAUGUCUUAAGUGUAUCCUGCGUUUCCAGGGGUUGUUCAUAACGUUUGCAUGGCAUAGUUCCUCUUCUUUCUCCUCUUUUCUACAUCAAAAAGAGAACAGGUAUGUUUAAGGAGGUCCCAUUUGGCUGGAUUCUCAUAUACCUUUUAUGUGAUUUUUUUUCCAAGGGUAAAUCAGAGAUGAUUUUGUUUAAAAAAAAUGAUUCUAAAAUGAUUUCUACAAUGGUGGAUUUUUUUUUAACAGAUCCGUGUUCAUGUAGUUGAGGAGGGGACAGAGAUCCGACCCGACUCGCGUGGAUUGAGUAAAGCUAGGUUUUACACAGGCUCCCUCUUUGAGCAGUUUUUUAAACACUAUUUUUCACAGUUUCAGGAAAACACUAGGUGCGUGUAUCAUCCGCCACUCCCCUUGCUUCUCCUCUUUGAGUCUCCAACUACGUCUUGCAGAGCUUUUCCUUGGCGAUGGGCAGUGAACGGACCGCCGGCUUCAAUGGUGAUUGAGUGUGAAGCUUUGGGUUCUGUUUGACAAGAGUGCACUGUUCUUAGGAAUCCUCCCAAAACUAUUUAAUACUGAAGUGUCUUGUCAGUCAGCUCCUGAAGAAGUGGAAUGAAAAUUUUGAUUGUUUUAUACGAGAAAAGAUUUUUGGACACGUUUUAUUCUGUUUUUUGCUAGUGGAAGAGAUUGAAGGAGAGCGGGCUCUUCAUCACAAAAGUUAGCAUAUAAAAAUGGGCAUUAUUAUUUUUCCUUGGCGGAGGGGAGAGUGUACCUAGAAGUCAUAUUUGUGAGGAAAAGUAGUGUUGAGCAGCUUGUUGAAACAUUCAAGGGAGGAAAUGUGAGGAGCUUUGAUGAGGUCAGAUUGCCCAGAGGUUGUUUUCAAGCUCUCAACUCCUCUGGUUAGUGAAAGGUGCCUUGAUUUUGAGCUUUGUCUCACUUUGGCAGCCUUACUGUUCCCUGGCUUUGUUUUUACAUUUCUAGGUUGGUAGUUUUUCUUCCCCAAAAAUAUGUCAAUGAACAAUCGAGAGAAAUGUUAAUUUACAGACAGUAUUGCAGGAUUUCCAUCCUUCGUCAGUGAACCCUGACACCUUUGUUAGAAAGCUGAGGAUGUUGUCUGCACAGUCAGUGUGGUUUUUUGGGGGAAUUUUUUGGCUGCCCAAUAAGUAAAUACGUAUACAUACAUACAUAUACAUGCGCGCACACACUUUUGAAAACUUUCCCUAUAUCAGCACAGGGCAAAGUUGAAUGCCAGUCUCCUAACUAAAGAUAGUGGUGAUUAAAUGAUAAAUCAGUACCCUUCUCCCAACUCCCUUCCAUCCCCAACCACACCUUUCCUUAGCAUUGUUAUGGUGAAGGAACAGGGAGGAGUGUGUUAAAGUUUGUUUUUGUCAUUCCAACCUGCUUCAGUGGUUACCCCUACACAGAACUGUGCAGUUUGUUCCUACACGCUCACCUGGUCACAUUGCUGGGCUGAGAAAUGUGAACAAACUGGAAGCUGGGUGGAGACCACCGACUUUCCUUUCGCAGGUACGGGAAUGGCCCGUGAUACAACCGUCCUGGGAGAUAUGACCGGUAUUGUUUGAUGCCCUAGACAUGCCGGCCGAGUGCUACAGGUGAGUAAAUUCUCCCCCCCGCCGCCCCAACUUCCCUCUGCCCCCGCAUCUCUACAGCCCCUAGUUUGUGUCAGAUAUAUAAGGCAUUGACGAGGUCCCUGAGCAGAUAAGCCAAAGGAAUUGCUUAACUUUGGAAAUGGACAGUGUGGAUGUCGAUGAGUUAACUCUCUCAAGGGAGUCAUGCAAUGAGGAUCUCAUCAAACUUCAACAAUCCUUUGCAUCAUUGCAAGAUGCCAAAAAAAGAUGAAGCAGCUAUGGUUUUUCCACUACCGGCUAAAUAAAAUCUUGGGGUUAGAAAAGUUUUGCAAUAGUUUUUGAGGAGUGUGAAUUUACACAUUUGAUUAAAACAACAGCUGUACUGGAGAUAGUGGGGAGUUACAAGGUGCACAGGUGUUCAGGAGUUUCCCCUGCUACAAGUUGCUUUACAAAGAGAAAAGGUGGCUGCUAUUCAACCUAAGCUUGACAGAAUUUUCAGUAAAAUUGAAAAUCCUCUGCCCCAUGCAGCAGGACAAGCUUCCACUUCCUCAGCCUCCUACAUAAUCAUAAUUCCACUCCUCAUUUACUUAAUAUUGUGAUGUUUGUUUUACUUGGAAAUACUUUAAUAAAGAUGAAACAGGAGUUUA